AUUUUGCCUUGGUCGGACAGUAUUUGUACAUACGCGAUCGGCAUAUCCUUUUUUAAGCCCAAAUACCUUGGUCGUCGAUACCCUUCGGCUCAAGCAAUGCCGUAGAGUCGACCGAUAUCCGAGCAAGACGUCCGGCAGUAGCAAGCUUUGAAAGUCUCCUUAAUCAAAAGAGAAUCUCUCAACCGACAGCAACUUUCUCAGGAAGUAACAUUCAGAAUGCCACCAAGAUUCUCAAUUCCACGACUAUCAUCCGUGCGACCACGUCCAUUUCAAGUCUUUGGCAGGCUGAACACAAGAUGCAUGCCUGCAGCUAGCGCACGAAGAUAUGCUUCCUCCUCGCCAGAAACGGCAAAAAGCCAACCGACUUGGUUCGGAGGUGUAGUCUUCGGCAUUGGCCUUGCAGCGACCAUCUUUGCAGGAUCUUUUGUGUAUAGAGCUUCUGCGAAUAAAAUCAGUUAUGCAAGUCAUGCACAGAUGCUCAAGGCUGCUAAUGAGAUUGUAACAAUACUGGGAGAAGACGCUGUCAGCUUUGACGAAGAUGUGAUUGAGCAUCACGGACGCUCUGACUGGUCUACUUCCAACACGGCAGUACGUCCCGUCGCCGUAGUCUACCCCAAGACCACAGAAGAUGUUGUCGCAAUUGCUCGUGCAUGUAACAAGCACAACGUGCCUAUCGUACCUUUCGGUGCAGGAUCUAGUGUCGAAGGAAACUUCUCUUCACCGCACUCUGGUAUCUGCGUGGACUUUACACAUAUGGAUCAAGUCAUUGCUUUCCGACCCGAGGAUAUGGACAUCACAGUCCAGCCUGGUGUGAAUUGGGUUGAUCUGAACAACAAGAUUGCAGAAAGUGGCCUCUUCUUACCUCUUGAUCCAUCGCCUACGGCACAGAUCGGAGGCAUGGUCGCGACGAAUUGCUCGGGCACGAAUGCAAUGCGUUAUGGGACAAUGAAGGAUUGGGUGGUGAAUCUGACUGUCGUCUUGGCAGACGGACAAGUCAUCAAGACGCGCCGCAGACCCCGGAAGACCUCAGCAGGCUACAACCUUACCUCUCUCUUCGUUGGAGCUGAGGGAACGCUCGGCAUGGUUACAGAAGCGACACUGAAACUCGCGCCAAUCCCACAAGACACCAGUGUCGCAAUCGUGAGCUUCCCUACCAUCAAGGAAGCAGCGAUCGCAGCAAGCAGUAUCAUUCGAUCAGGCAUCCAGCUUGCCGCAUUGGAGAUGAUGGAUGACCUACAAAUGCAAGUUGUGAAUCGACAUGGGAGUGCCGCUGUAAGGAAGCGAAAGUGGCUCGAAGAACCAACGCUAUUUCUCAAAUUCUCCGGUACGACGGACGCGAUCAAAAGCGAUGUCAAGCGCGUCGGUCAACUCAUCAAGCCUCACAACCCCAGAGAAUUCAUCUUCGCCAAAAGCGAGCAAGAGAAGCAAGAUCUCUGGGCUGCGAGGAAAGAAGCACUAUUCACGAUGGUCAACACUCGUCCUGAAGGUACCGAGAUUUGGUCCACAGACGUCGCUGUCCCGCUCUCCCGAUUGACAGAUAUCAUUGAAGUGACCAAGCAGGAUUGUAGCAGUUUGGGCUUGUUCGCUUCUGUUAUUGGUCAUGUCGGAGAUGCAAAUUUCCACACGGCAAUGUUCUUCGACCCUAAGAACCCGGAACAGAAAGCUGCGGUGAGCAAGGUCGUACACGAUAUGAUGGACCGGGCGUUGGAGAUGGAGGGCACUGUUUCCGGUGAACAUGCUAUCGGGAUCGGCAAGAAGGAGAGUUUGCUUGAUGAGCUAGGAAUUGAGACGAUCGAUUUUAUGCGGUCGCUGAAAAGAGCGGUUGAUCCUAAAUGGAUCAUGAAUCCAGGCAAGGUGUUCGACCUGCCCAAGAACAAAUAGUCACGCUGGACUCAUCAACGACAUGCCAUCUCAUUAUAACAACACCUCCAGCUCGUGGCUCUCGUGAUCCGAAGCAAAUCCGUCAUCUACAAAAGCUCAAAGCACUCGAAUGCCGCUGAAGGAUCCGACGCCACGCUACCAUAGAGGGUGCUGCAUGAAGAACCCCGCAGCAAAUCAACCUGGAUUGCACAAGCUCGACUGACUUCACAUUGGGCGCAAUAUGGCCUCUAACCACGCAGAAAAGAGCCCACCAUCCUAUGCAGAAGAAUGGCUCGCAGCCGAAGCUAU